GGCGCUGCACCCCUCGCGCAUGCGCAGCCCCUCGGACGCGCGCUGCAGGAUGGCCCGUUCAAUGGAACCACUGGCAAAGAAGAUCUUUAAAGGAGUUUUAGUAGCUGAACUUAUCGGUAUUUUUGGAGCAUAUUUUUUGUUUACAAAGAUGAACACAAGCCAAGAUUUCAGGCAAACAAUGAGCAAGAAAUUUCCCUUUAUCCUGGAAGUUUAUUACAAAUCCAUUGAACAGUCUGGAAUGUAUGGGAUCAGAGAACAAGAUCAAGAAAAAUGGUUUAACAGCAAAAAUUAGGAAUCUGACUACUAUUCAAAGAAUAAUCUUAAACGAAAUACCAUAAUAUCAGGCAAUAUUAACAUUUCAAAGUUGUGAAAGAUAGAUUUUGAAAUAUGCAUCUUUGACAUCAAUGUCUCUAACAGUAGUAGAAACACUUUUUUUUUUAAAAGAUUUAUCUGAAAGGCAUCAUAAUAGAGAAGAGGGGGAGGGGGAGAGAAAGAAAGAGAGAAUAUGAAUAUCUUCUAUCUGCUGGUUCACUCCCCAAAUGGCCAAUGCCAGGAGUUCGGAGCUUUGAAGUUCCUUCCAGCUCUCCCACAUAGGUAGCAGGUACUUGUGCCAUCUUCCACUGCUCUUCCCAUGUGCAUUAGCGGGGAACCAGAUGGGAAACAGAGCAGCCGGGACUUGAACUGGUGCUCUGAAAUGGGAUGCUGGCACCAAAGGUUGAAGUCUAGUUAAUUGCUACAACACUGGUCCCAAAACACUUUUGAAAAACAGCUUUACUAAGAAUUACAAACCAUAAAAUUUAGCUAUUUCAAGUGUAUUAAUCCAGUAUGCUUUGCUAAUUUACAGUUGUUCAUGACCACAAUCCAAUGUCAGAACAUUUCCAUCAGCUCUUUAGAUCCUUGGUGUCCUCUGUAGUCAUACCCUCAUGGCACCUCUCAUCCCCCAUAACUGCCUGGGUCUUUUCUGGCUAUGUUAUAUAAUAGCCCAUUCUAUGGCCACAUUUUGUUUAUCUGUCGGUUAAUGGGCAUUCAGGUUAUAUCCACUUUUUGGCAGCAAUAGAUAGUACUGCUAUGAAAAAUAGUGAACAAAUCUUUGUGUAGACAUAUUAGAGCUGCAAGGUUUAUUUAUUUGAAAGCAGAAGAAAAAAGAAAGAAAGAAGAGAGUAGAAAGAAGUAAAGCAGCCAGGACAGGAGCCAGGGCCCACGGAGUGCCAGCAUCACAGAUGGUGGCUUAACCUGCAAUGCCACAAUGCUGGUCCCUGAAGCUACUUUUGAUACAGUAUUUUCUAAAGCAUUUCAUCUUAAUUUUUAUUAAGGUGAAAUGUUACCUAAGAACUGUAUAAAUAGCCAUUGUACUGUAUUGCCUUCUUUCUUUUUUUUUUU